CUAACCGAGCAAGUACUGUUCUCACGCGCUCUCCUCGUUCCUGUCAUCGUCUGUUUCAACUGUCAUAGUCACUGCACUAACGCCAUCAUCAACCCUUGGACGUUUUCCUUGUGUACUUUUAGAUCGCACGUAAGAAUUGUUUGUUCUCUGCAUAGGAGGCAUUCAUUUGCGGAAUAUGGAUAUCGAAGAUGAUCCGGGGCUUGGUGCUGUCUUGCGACACUUGAUACGCAGCGGUCAACUCCCCAUCAUAUCUUCGGAUCAUGAUGACUCGGAUGAAGAGUUAAUGGCUGCUCCAAUACUUUCAACAAUCACCACUUUGCCAAAGACAUCCAGACUAGAUAAAAGCGAAAUAAGUUUUACCACCAAACAAGCAUGCGGCUUUAUAGACAGUGCUGAUAAGUGCAAUCUUUCUAUAACAUCCAUGAUUCAAAAAAGAGCACUAGGUCCUAGUUUCACGACAGGAGAAAGAUGCAGAAUAAGCAGUAGUUUUUUACCAGAUGACAAGGACCAAGUUGCUAAAUACAGUAGCAAAGCAUUUUGUGGUUCUUACACUAAAGAUGGAAGAUUUUUCUUAACUGCCUGUCAAGACAAAUUUCUACGUCUUUACCGGACACAUGGUGGACACUUUGUAGAAUUUAAAAAGAUUCCCGCACGAGACGUGGGUUGGAGCAUCCUCGACACAGCUUUUAGUCCUGAUGGCAAUUAUAUCGUUUACUCCAGUUGGUCCGAAUGUUUAUACCUAUGCCCUGUUUAUGGAGAUUCAAGUGCGCAAGAAACGUUGUCCCUAUGCCCAGAGGAUCGAAGAUUUUGCGUAUUUUCCCUCGUAUUCUCCAGUGAUGGACGAGAAAUUCUGGGUGGAGCAAACGAUGGUUAUCUUUAUGUCUAUGAUCGAGAAUGUCAUCAACGUGCUUUCAGGAUCGAAGGUCAUGACAAUGAUGUAAAUACAGUUGCCUUUGCGGAUAAUACAUCGCAAAUUUUAUACAGCGCUGGCGACGAUGGCCUAUGUAAGGUCUGGGACAGAAGAACUUUGAACGAAACUGAUCCGAAUCCCGUCGGAGUAUUGGCUGGUCACAUGGAUGGUAUUACGUAUAUCGAUCCGCGUGGCGAUGGUCGGCAUUUAAUCACCAACAGUAAAGACCAAACAAUCAAGUUGUGGGACGUGCGUGCCUUUUCGAAUCAUAACGCCGUACAAAGUAUACGUAGAGCAGUCCGAAAUCAAAACUGGGACUAUCGAUGGCAAAGUGUACCAAAGCGACGGUACAAGGCGAGAAAUAUGUUGGAGGGUGAUACUAGCAUCAUGACCUAUCAUGGUCAUUCCGUUCUUCAAACUUUAAUACGUUGUCAUUUUUCCCCUUCGUUUAUAACUGGCCAAAGGUACAUAUAUACUGGAUGUGCUGCAGGACGAGUAAUGAUCUACGAUGUCUUAACCGGUAAGGUAGUUCGUCGUUUAGAGGGACACAGCGGAUGUGUACGCGACGUUAGUUGGCAUCCAUUUCAUCAGGAGAUCGUUUCCACGUCUUGGGAUGGUGCAAUCUUGAGAUGGCGGUAUUUUGAAGCGGCGCCACUCUGGUAUUCCGACUCAGAGGAGGAAAGUGACGGUGAAUCGUCUCCGCGAAGUACACGGCGAAGUAUACAAAAAGCUGCUCAAAGAUUGGAACGCGCGGUACAGCGUGUCGAGUCUCAAAGAUGGCAACCGGGAAACUGAAUGUUCUCAGUAGUACUUCAGUCUUUUCGUUCUUACAAGGAAAGAGUUAACGCGCCUAAGAUUACCGGGCAGAAGAACAGUUUUGCAUCGAUGACUAUUUUCAUCGACAUUCGAGAGACUAACUUUUUCUACAAGACUGAGUUAUCGUUGAAUAUACACACAGAAUCACUGCUGCUGCGAUUCUGAUCGUUAUGAGAAUACACGGCAUUCGGACGCGGUACGCAUAUUCAUUAAUGAAAUGAGAUGCGGAGAUAGUACCGACUACGCAACUCUCAUUCUCUCACUCUCUUAUAUCGAGAUGAUAUCGUUCUUUCCUCUAUAUUUAUCGAUAUCUCUCCCUCUCUCUUUCUCUGUCUU